AAGCACUACACCUAAUCCUCUUACCUGCUACAGGCAAUGUGGCAGAGAAUUCUCCACCUGGGACUUCAGUGCACAAGUUUUCUGUGAAGUUAUCAGCAUCACUGUCACCUGUGAUCCCAGGAUUUCCCCAGAUAAUCAACUCAAAUCCCCUCACUGAAGCUUUUAGGGUGAAUUGGCUGUCAGGCACCUACUUUGAGGUUGUCACCACUGGGAUGGAACAACUAGAUUUUGAAACAGGACCAAACAUAUUUGAUUUGCAGAUUUAUGUGAAGGAUGAGGUUGGUGUCACAGACCUGCAAGUCCUGACUGUCCAGGUAACAGAUGUGAACGAGCCACCUCAGUUUCAAGGCAACUUGGCGGAAGGUCUACACCUCUACAUAGUAGAAAGAGCAAACCCUGGAUUCAUUUACCAGGUUGAGGCCUUCGAUCCAGAAGACACAAGCCGAAACAUUCCCCUCAGUUAUUUCCUGAUUUCUCCCCCAAAGAGCUUCAGAAUAUCUGCUAAUGGCACCCUCUUCUCCACAACAGAAUUGGACUUUGAAGCAGGACACAGAAGUUUCCAUCUCAUCGUGGAGGUGAGGGACAGUGGAGGCCUCAAAGCCUCCACAGAGCUCCAGGUGAACAUCGUGAACCUCAACGACGAAGUCCCUCGCUUUACCAGCCCUACACGAGUGUACACAAUCCUGGAGGAACUGAGUCCAGGAACCAUCGUGGCCAAUAUCACAGCAGAGGAUCCUGAUGAUGAAGGUUUUCCCAGCCACCUCCUCUACAGCAUUACCACUGUUAGCAAAUAUUUCAUGAUAAAUCAGUUGACUGGUACAAUCCAAGUGGCCCAAAGGAUAGACCGAGACGCAGGUGAAUUGAGACAAAAUCCCACCAUUUCCCUGGAAGUUCUAGUGAAGGACAGACCAUAUGGGGGUCAGGAGAAUCGCAUCCAGAUAACCUUCAUUGUGGAAGACGUCAACGACAAUCCUGCCACAUGCCAAAAGUUCACCUUCAGCAUUAUGGUGCCGGAAAGAACAGCCAAGGGGACGUUGCUUCUUGACCUGAACAAGUUCUGCUUUGAUGAUGACACUGAGGCACCAAACAACAGAUUCAACUUCACCAUGCCAUCUGGAGUGGGGAGCGGCAGCAGAUUUUUACAGGAUCCAGCUGGCUCUGGGAAAAUUGUGCUGAUUGGUGAUCUGGACUACGAAAAUCCAAGUAACCUAGCAGCCGGCAAUAAAUAUACGGUGAUAAUCCAGGUGCAGGAUGUGGCCCCCCCUUACUAUAAAAAUAACAUCUACGUUUAUAUCCUAACAAGCCCAGAAAAUGAGUUUCCUCUCAUUUUUGAUAGGCCAUCCUAUGUAUUUGAUGUGUCAGAAAGAAGGCCGGCCAGAACCCGAGUGGGACAGUUGCGAGCCACUGAUAAAGACCUCCCCCAGAGCAGCCUCGUGUACUCCAUCUCCACCGGAGGGGCCAGCCUCCAGUAUCCAAAUGUAUUUUGGAUUAAUCCCAAGACAGGAGAACUCCAGCUGGUAACUAAAGUGGACUAUGAAACAACCCCCAUCUAUAUUCUCAGAAUCCAGGCCACCAACAACGAAGACACAAGCUCUGUCACUGUUACAGUGAACAUCCUUGAAGAAAAUGAUGAAAAGCCAAUUUGUACUCCAAACUCUUAUUUCCUGGCCCUCCCAGUGGAUCUGAAAGUUGGCACAAAUAUUCAGAAUUUCAAGCUGACGUGUACUGACCUUGAUUCCAGCCCCAGAUCUUUCCGUUAUUCCAUUGGCCCAGGUAACGUCAACAAUCAUUUCACCUUCUCUCCCAAUGCUGGUUCCAACGUCACACGCCUGCUGCUUACAUCUCGCUUUGACUAUGCUGGUGGGUUUGAUAAGAUCUGGGACUACAAGCUACUUGUCUACAUAACUGAUGACAACUUGCUGUCUGACGGGAAGAAAGCGGAGGCUCUUGUUGAGACAGGAACAGUGACACUGAGUAUUAAAGUCAUUCCCUACCCAACCACUAUCAUCACCACAACCCCCAGGCCCAGGGUCACCUAUCAGGUCCUGAGGAAAAACGUUUACUCUCCAUCUGCAUGGUACGUGCCAUUUGUCAUCACUUUGGGCUCCAUAUUGCUUCUGGGUCUCCUGGUGUACCUGGUCGUCCUAUUGGCCAAAGCCAUCCACAGACACUGCCCCUGCAAGACUGGGAAGAACAAGGAACCUCUGACAAAGAAAGGAGAAACGAAGACUGCAGAGAGAGAUGUCGUGGUGGAAACUAUCCAGAUGAACACUAUCUUUGAUGGAGAAGCCAUAGAUCCAGUGACCGGGGAAACAUAUGAAUUCAACUCAAAAACUGGAGCCAGAAAGUGGAAAGAUCCACUAACCCAAAUGCCAAAAUGGAAAGAGUCCAGCCCCCAGGGAGCUGCCCCACGCAGAGUCACUGCUGGGGAAGGGAUGGGGUCACUGAGAAGUGCCGACCGGGAAGAAGAUGAGCUGAGUGGCAAAGCGUGGGCUGAGGAUGCUGGUCUGGGUUCCAGAAAUGAGGGUGGCAAGCUGGGCAACCCAAAGAACAGAAAUCCAGCCUUCAUGAACAGGGCUUCCCCCAAACCACACCCAGGAAAGUAAAUGGGGUCUAAGGAGGGACCUGUCAAUCACUGGGAUGCUGCCUCACCCUAAAUUCUAUGGGGACGGUGUGGGCAUGGUGUAGGGGGGAAAAUGUGGGCUGAGGGGAUUCAGACAUCCAGGGUCAAACAUGGGAUGUUUGACAAAUUUUUAAACAAAUAGAAAGGGGUUUGAUCACAUAGUUGCGUGUUCUGAAACGAUACAGGAACAUUUUCUAUCAGAUUUCAGAACUACCUGUGCUUCUGAUCAGCAAGACUGUUAACUUUGCGGUGUGGAAUUGUUGUGUUUCUUCUUUGCAUUGACUGCUAGGAAGCUCUAUUCUGUUCACCAUAGAAAGUUCAUAGGAAUUCCUGACAUAAAUAGUGAAGACCAUCCUUACAUCUUGUUUCCACCUUAUUUUCCUGCCAUCGUUUUAACAUCACCCAGAUUUCUUCAGUUAUAAAUAUACCAUACACCUUUGUAAGUCACCUCAAAUCUUCUUCAAAAGAAGCAGAACAGUGAAAAAACAGAUGAGUAAGUUAAGAGUUGGUCAUCUGGAAAGAAGAAAACUCAGUAGGCACCGUCUUUUGUUUUUUCUUGUGGUGUCCAGAUCAGCAUCCUGCAUGUGAGAUUCAUCCACGUUGUCCUGUCUAGCAGUAGUUCAGUUCUCUUCAUGGUUAUGUCUGAUUUCAUUCUAUGAUUAUAUCACAAUUUAUCUAUUCUACACUUGGAUGGCAGCUGCUUCAGAUUUUUUACUUUUAAAAAAUAUACUUAAAAGUGAACUACAGGCAGGGCAUGAUGGCUUAUGCCUGUAAUGCCAGCACUUUGCCAAGGUGGGCAGAUCACCUAAGGUCAGGAGUUCAAGACCAGCCUGGCCUAGAUGGCAAAACCCUGUCUCUACUAAAAAAUACAAAAAUUAGCUUGGUGUGGUUGUGGGCACAUGUAAUCCCAGCUACUUGGGAGGCUGAGGUAGGGAGAACUGCCUAAACCUGAGAGGUGGAGGUUACAGUGAGUUGAGAUUGUGCCACUGCACUCCAGCCUGGGCGACAAAGCAAGACUCCAUCUCAGAAAAAAAAAAAAAAGUGAAUUACAACACUAUGAACUUUCUUGUACAUGUCUUUUGGUGAACAUAAACACUCACUUUUUUGCUCAUAUACGUAAGAGUGGGAUUGCUGGAGCAAUUGCUGGAUGCUGCCAAAGAGUUCCAAAGUGGUGGCUCUGAUUCACAUUCCAGCAGCAAACACUGAGAGUUGCAAUUGCUCUCUAUCCUUGUCAACACUUGGGAUUGUCAAUCCUUUUAACUUUAGCCAUUCUGGUUAAAAUUACUAUUGAAGUGAAGUCACUUUUUCCUCAAAGCUGAAACACCAUCAGCCUUACAACCUACCUGCCUUGCUCCUUCCCACUUCCUAUGAUUGGAAGGAACUGCAGGACUCUGAGUGGGGACAUACUGGAAGCCCCAUCUAGACAUACAACUCAGACUUCCACCUGUAGGCAUGAGCAAUGAACUGGGAAUAAAUGGUAUUAUGAUGGAAUAGGAAAUGUAACUUUCCAGUGUGUGCCUAGCAGAGCCUGAGCAAGCUUCACUCCAGCUCUAUGCCCUGCUGCCCAGCUGCUGCGACCCUAGUCCAGUAACCCUAAGAAAGGUCCAGGUGAGAGUUCAUUAGGGAAGCACUCCCUUCUCAACUGGGGAGUCAGGUGAGAGCCUACCAGGUCCACAGGGUCCUGUGGGAGACAGACUGGAUCCAUCCAGCAAAUGCAGAGCUUCAGAGAGAGCAGCAGCUUGUUUACUGUGUGCCUAGUGCCAGUGUCACUUCUCAAGCAAAAGAAGCAUUUGCAAAAUGCCUGUCCUGGCCUAGAUUGAGCGUGAUUUAUUAAUAAGGGUUGGUUGCCAGGGAACUCCCUUGAGUGGAUUUAAACUUUGCAAAAGAAGGCAGAACUGUUCAUUUAUGCAGGUUAAAGUGAGUGAAGUGGCUGAUUGCCCAUUUAAGGCAUUGCAAAUCUGUGGGGCCCGGAGUCAAAUGCUUUCCUCGGAAGCUCUCAGCUUCAAUGCAAGUAAAAUGAGGUUCUGAGAAGGCUGAAGGGGGACUUAAUAACUGCUUAUAAGCCCAUUAAGAAUGAUUAAAAGGGCCCGGUGAGGUGGCUCAUGCCUGUAAUCCCAGCACUCUGGGAUGCUGAGGCAGGUGGAUCACCUGAGGUCAGGAGUUUGAGACCAGCCUGGCCAACAUGGUGAAACCCUGUCUCUACUAAAAAAUAGAAAAACUAGCUGGACAUGUUAGCAGGCACCUGUAAUCCCAGCUACUCAGGAGGCUGAGGCAAGAGAAUCGCUUGAACCCAGGAGGCAGAAGUUGCAGUGGGCUGAGAUUGCACCACUGCACUCCAGCCUGGGUGACAAGGGCAAAACUCUGUCUCAAGAAAAAAAAAAAAAGAAUGAUUAAAAGGAGAGAGUGGUGAGCAGCUGGUCUUUCUUCUCCAGUGAUGACAGGGCAAGAGGGAAUUGUGCUUAAUGGCCAGAGAAGAGAUUUAAGUCAGGCACCAAGAGGGACUUCCUGAAGCUUGGGGCCUCUCUGAAGAGCUCAGUGUCUUCUCUGGUGAUAGGCAGGAAGAGCUGAGUGUCUUCCUAGUCGCAAGGCAAGCCUCGAGAAACUCAAGAAAUAGGGGCAAGAGUGUGCCAGGAGGAGAGAACAUCUGCUGCCCCUUUUCUUUUGUAUAUCUGGCUGUUUGGUUCGGGGAAAUCCAGAAGUCAAAGUGUCACCGGUGGAGGGUCUUGACUGCAAGUUGUCCAGGUUCUUGGUGUUUUGAACAAAGAAUGGAACAAAAUGCCCAGCAAAGCAAAGAAAGAAUGAGGCAACGAAAGAAUGAAAGCAGGGAUUUAUUGAAAACCAAAGUACACUCCACAGUGUGGGAACGGGCCUGAGCAGUGACUCAAGGGCCCAGAUACAGAGUCUUCUCAGUCCAAAUACCCCUUGGAGGUUUCCCCUUGGCCACUUCAUGCUCACCUCAUGGAAAUGAAGUAGUGGACCACAAUCGGUCUGAUUGGUUGCAGGAAGCAACCAAUCAGAGACUGAAGUGGAGUUACAAAGGUCACGCUCCUGUGCAAACAUCUGAUUGGUUGCAAAAAGCAACCAAUCAGAGGCUAAGGUGAAGUUACAACGUUGCAACGAAGAGUCGGCUGGCAAUCAGUCUGAUUGGUUACAGACAGCCAAUUUCUCAACGUUGACCAGGUUUUGGGGGAAAAAAAAUUAUCUGAAUAAAAUGAAGACAGCAACCGUCGUGGAUUUGGUGAAAGUUUUCUCCCAUCUCCCUCUCAAGGCCUUAAACAGGUAUGAGUUGAUUAUAGCCAAUGUUUACUUUUCUCAUUCUGAUUCAUUAUAAAACUGGGGUAAAUACGUUCAGGAAUUAGACCACGUAGCAAUUAUAAUUGUCGAAGACUUUGAAACUGCAUAGUAGAUUGUGACAUUGGAGCUUUUUGUUGUGCUCAUUAGAAAGCAGGGUCUGCAACUCAGCCUGUGUGGCAAGCACGGGUGGCUCACAAGCAGAACUGGGAAAUGACACUUCUGCUCCCCAGAGCCCCCUUUCACAUCUGGGGUUCUCAUUGUUUGCCUUUUUACUUAAUGUAUUUUGUAAUGGCUGUGAAAAUUAAGCUACAAAAUGAGUGAACAUUGAAGAAAAUGAUUGCUAUUGAAACUUAGGAUUUCUCAUUUCAAACUUAGCGUGUGUUUAUCCUUCCUAUUCAUUCAAUAAAUAUCUGUGGAGCAACUAC